AGGAAAUGCGAGUGGGCGGGGCUUGAGUUUCGCGGUGGUCCUGGGAAGGCGAAAUGGAGGGGUGUGUAUCUAACGUAAUGAUCUGUAACCUGGCCUACCACGGGAAGCUGGAUGAAUUGAAGGAGAGCAUUUUGGCUGAUAAAUCUCUGGCUACUAGAACUGAUCAGGACAGCAGAACAGCAUUGCACUGGGCAUGCUCAGCCGGUCAUACUGAAAUUGUUGAAUUCUUGCUGCAGCUUGGAGUGCCAGUGAAUGAUAAAGAUGACGCAGGUUGGUCUCCUCUUCAUAUUGCUGCCUCUGCUGGCCGGGACGAGAUUGUAAAAGCCCUUCUGAUAAAAGGUGCGCACGUGAAUGCUGUCAAUCAAAAUGGCUGCACCCCCCUGCAUUAUGCAGCUUCGAAGAAUAGGCAUGAGAUUGCUGUUAUGUUACUAGAAGGUGGGGCUAAUCCGGAUGCUAAGGACCAUUAUGAUGCUACAGCAAUGCACCGGGCAGCAGCCAAGGGUAACUUGAAGAUGGUUCAUAUCCUUCUGUUCUACAAAGCAUCCACAAACAUCCAAGACACUGAGGGUAACACUCCUCUACACUUAGCCUGUGAUGAGGAGAGAGUGGAAGAAGCAAAAUUGCUGGUGACCCAAGGAGCAAGUAUUUACAUCGAGAACAAAGAAGAAAAAACACCCCUGCAGGUGGCCAAAGGGGGCCUGGGUUUAAUCCUCAAGAGAAUGGCAGAAAGUGAAGAAGCUUCUCUUUAGUCUGUAUAUGUGGUGUUGUCCUCACUGUCCUGGAAACGGUUGCUCACUAAGCGUCUUGUAUACUUGAAAAUGUUUUCUCACCCUCAGAAUUUGAUAACGUUGUAUUGCUCCUACUGAAGUACUUGUACAAUUUUCCCCCACUUUCCAGGCAUUGAAAAACUGGUGAGGUUGUUCUGAUGUCAUUCAUUAAAUCUUGAUUACUUUGCAGUAA